UAUGGGAUAUGGAGGAUGAGUGUACUGUUAAUUAGGUUAACUCUCACUUCAGCCACUGCCCUGAUUUGGAUGAUCGACAUUUCGACCUCAGCGCAAGUGGGCCAGUCUUUCAAUGUGUUGUAUGUAAACGAAGCUCGUAACCCGGUAGCAGACAAAGCUGUUGAGGUUGCACUCAGCUUCAUCCGCCGCAGUUCCCAUCUCGGCAUACAUGUCGAUAACUUCUCGCAAGUGAAGGCCGAUAGUCAGGACCCCAGAACAUUCCUCAACGCUUUGUGUGACAAGUACAACAACUCACUACGACAAGGCAAGCCACCCCAUGUUGUGCUGGACACUUCACUUUCUGGUGUCAUCUCCGAGGCGGCCAAGGCCUUCUCUGCAGCACUUGCCUUACCAACUGUCUCUGCAUCUUAUGGCCAGGAUGGAGAUAUCAGGCAGUGGCGCAACCUGGAUGGAGAGCAACAGAAGUACCUUGUGCAGAUUUCUCCCCCUGGAGAUAUCAUCCCUGAGAUCGUCCGCAGCAUCGUUAUGAUGAACAACAUCACAAACGCUGGCAUCUUGUACGACAACUCAUUUGUUGUCGACCACAAGACCAAGUCACUCCUCCAGAACAUCCCAACACGUCACAUCAUGGCCGAGGUGGAAGAUCUGGACAGUAUACGACACCAGCUGACCCGCUACCGAGACCUAGACAUUGUCAAUUACUUUAUUCUCGGCCGUCUCUCCACCAUCAAGGCUGUCCUAGAUAUCGCCAACACUAACAAAUUCUUUAGUAAGAAAUUCGCCUGGCAUGCCAUCACGAAAGACAAAGGGUUGUUGAAAUGUGGCUGCACCAACGCCACCUUGAUUUUUGUCAAACCGGAGCCUGACUCUGCGCUUAAAGAGCGGUUGGCCAACCUGCGCACCACCUACACACUCACAGCUGAGCCUGAGAUAGAUGCUGUGUUCUACUUUGACCUUACCAUCCGUACCCUCCUCGCUAUAAAGGGGCUCUUUGAGAGUGGAGAAUGGCCCAAGAACAUGUCUUACAUCUCCUGUGAUGAUUACAAUGAAGACAGUCAGCCUCGCAGAAAAGAUCUUGACCUUAGGAAAUUUUUUAAACAGGUAUCAGAGCCUCCAUCAUAUGCCAACCUGGUGGUGGAGAGCAAUGGCCACAGUUUUAUGGAGUUUUCCCUCCACCUGGAGCGAGUGACAAUCGUCAACAGUCAGUCAGUGUCAGCAGAGCCCCUCAGCACGUGGAAGGCUAGCCUCAACGCUCCUCCAAUCCUGCUCAAGGACUCUGCCAGCAUCAACAACUUCUCAGCCAUCACCGUCUACAGAGUCGUCACUGUUCUGCAAAAUCCGUUUGUGAUGAAAGUUCUGGACAAGAACGGCAAAGAGACUGACAAGUUCCAAGGGUACUGCAUCGAUCUGAUUGAGGAGAUCAGUAAAAUGCUCGGCUUCGAGUACGAUAUUUAUAUCGCUCCUGACAACAGCUUCGGCUUCAUGGACGAAAAUGGACAGUGGAAUGGGAUGAUCAAAGAACUCAUUGAGAAAAGGGCAGACAUUGCUCUUGGCUCCCUAGCAGUAAUGGCGGAGAGAGAGAAUGUUGUGGACUUCACUGUGCCUUACUAUGAUCUUGUUGGCAUCUCCAUACUCAUGAAGAAACCCAAGAUCCCAACUUCCCUCUUCAAAUUCCUGAGCGUUCUUGAGAAAGAUGUUUGGCUCUGCAUACUUUCCGCAUAUUUUCUCACUAGUUUGCUGAUGUGGGUGUUUGAUCGUUGGAGCCCAUACAGCUAUCAGAACAACAGGGAGAAAUACAAGGAUGACGAGGAGAAACGGGAGUUCAACUUAAAAGAGUGUUUGUGGUUCUGCAUGACCUCUCUCACACCUCAGGGUGGGGGUGAGGCUCCAAAGAAUCUGAGUGGUCGCCUGGUCGCUGCAACAUGGUGGCUAUUCGGUUUUAUUAUCAUCGCCUCUUACACAGCAAAUCUGGCAGCUUUCCUGACAGUGUCACGCCUGGACACGCCCAUUGAUUCUCUGGACGGUCUUAGCAAACAGUACAAGAUUCAGUAUGCCCCUCUGCAAGGUUCCGCCACUAUGACCUACUUCUUCAGAAUGUCUCAAAUAGAGACCAAGUUCUACGACAUAUGGAAAGAGAUGUCCCUGAAUGACAAUCUUAGUGAAAUUGAACGUGCCAAGUUGGCUGUGUGGGAUUACCCAGUGAGUGACAAGUACACCAAGAUGUGGCAAGCCAUGAAGGAGGCAAAGAUGCCGGCAACUCUUGACGAGGCUGUUAAGAGAGUGAGAGACUCGCCUUCGUCCAGCGAGGGGUUUGCUUACUUAGGUGAUGCAACUGACAUAAAAUACCUGGCCAUGACCAACUGUGAUCUACAAAUGGUGGGAGAUGAGUUCUCCCGCAAACCUUAUGCUAUUGCGGUGCAGCAAGGGUCUCCCCUAAAAGACCAGUUUAAUAAUGCAAUUUUGCAACUACUAAACAAAAGACGGCUAGAAAAAUUAAAAGAAACAUGGUGGACUCUGAAUCCAGAAAAGAAAAUGUGUGAAAAGCAAGAUGAUCAAUCGGAUGGAAUAAGCAUUCACAACAUAGGUGGAGUGUUUAUUGUGAUAUUUGUGGGAAUUGGACUGGCUUGUAUCACUCUGGCAUUGGAGUACUGGUGGUACAAGUAUCGCAAGCCAGCAGUGACCAAGGUGACAGUUGGGCAGUGGCGAGAACCGAACAAGCUAGAUAUGUCAAAUAAGCAACUACGAGAACAUGACUUCAUUCGAGGGCUAGCCGCCGACUACGCAGGACUACAGAGCAGACAUUCCAUCCAUGCACUUAACCCCCGACGGAAUCUGAUACAUCCAGUUCCAACUGUUGAUCAAUAAAUAUGUAAAUUGAUAAA